AUGAUCUCUACAGCUACACUCUCCGACGAUUCUAGAUUUGGAGACAACACAUUUGGGUCACAACCAAGAUAUGAAGUCACGAAGACCGAAGGCGGCGAGCGUUGGUCUGACAAUGGGCCAGGCGCCGACACGUGGUUUUCUAUCGUCACUGACGUCGACAAAGUCACAAUUGUUACCAAUCUGACAGCCGAAGCCUUGGAAUCCAUUGCAGUCGCAACCGCCUGGCAUUACAAAAGCAAACUUCAGGAGAGAGACAACGCCGAAAAGACCCCGAACGUUCCGCGCAUCUGUCUCGCGGCAGACGCUUUAGCAGCAAAACUGGCACAGACGGAAGAGGCUCAGAUGAUGAAGGAUGUUAAACGUUACUACGUUAUGCACCCGAAGAGCAGGUGGAUAUCUGUGGUAGGCUUGCGGGAUAGAAACAUAGCUAAAGUUCCAGAUUGGACGCAAUUGAUCCAGCCGGAAGGGGAGCGUUUCAUCACAGCUCUGAUGGGCAGAACACCAAGCAUUUCCAUUGACGACCCCGGUUAUGAGCGCAAGGCAACAGAGACUCGUCCAGGCCAUAUACAUGCUGUUCACUUGGCCUUCCCACGAAGCCACCUAUGCUUACCAAAACAGAAAGGCCUCGGUCGAAUCUCGCAACGAGAGAUCUGUGUCGCGCUAUUCGCAACGCUUACGUCCUGCAAAUGGGCAGACAUAUCGAAAGACGGGGAUCCUGCGUAUUGA